AUGGCUGGAGGACGCAAUUCUUAUAAAAGUAAGAAGAAGAGCAAAUUUGGAGGAAAGACUCAAUAUAAAAGCGAAGAACAAAAAAGAGGUGAAGAGAAGGAAAAUGAAACAAUAAAAAAAGAAAAUGCCAACCAAAGAGAAUCUUCAGGUGUUAAAUGUGAAAAUAAAAAGAAAGAUCAGAUUGAAAACGCUGAGCCUAUAGAAGUAACAGAAAGAGAAGAAAAUAAAACAGUUGAUAGAAGCUGUCACGAUUCAGCAACAGAUAAUAGUCAAGUUAAACCUUGUCAAAAUGAAAUAGAACUGAAGGAAGAAGUUAGCAACACGCAAACAGAUGUUACUGAUGAUAAUGAAAGUGAAUUAGAAAUUAAUGCUGAGAGGAAUGAGCAAAUAGACAAUGUGUUGGUAAAAGUAUCAAGUGCUCGAGGCACUAAUAUAACAAACUCAGUAUUCCAGAAUCAUCUAGACCAAGAAAGGGGUGAUGAAACAGUACCUCCUGCUACACCAGCUGUUCAAAGUCAUUUAAUUAAAGAUGUAGAUACUGAAAAUAAAGUAAGUGAUGAAUUAAAAGAUAUGCGCAAAAACGAUCAAAGUGAAGAGGUACCGGAUGAUGAUCAAGCUGACACAAAUAUGACAAUUAUCGAUAAGAAGAUAUCGGAUGAUCAACUAAAUCCCCAAGAGAUCAAGCCAAAACAACCACCCCAGGAAGAUGGAACAGAUAAAUGUAUUCAGAAUUUUUUAAGGGAUCAAAAUAUUGAAUAUCUGAGAGAUCUUUUCAGACCUCUCAUUUUAGAAGCUUUGCAAAAUAUCAUUCCCAGUUAUCCUCAAAAUGGAAAAGGACUGGAUAAAGAACCGUCGGAACCAGUUGUCGACGAAAUAAAUAACAUUGAAAAAAUGAAAGACCUACUACAAAAUAAGCGAGAACCCAGUGAUCAACCUCAGAAUGAGAAAAAAGCAACUGAACGACUUCAGAAUACGAAAGAACGAAAUGAUCAAUUUCAGGAUGAUAAAGAACCAAACGAUCAAUGUCAGUAUAAACAAGUUCCAACUGAGCAACUUCAGAAUGAGAAGAAAACAUUUGAUCAAUUUCAAAAGCCGAAAGAAGAAUUUGUACAGAAUAUCAUAGUCAGUAGCCCUAAAAAUUCACAAACAAUUGGCGACAAAUCAAAUGGUAUUAGAGAACUGAACGAUCAACUGCAGAAUGGGGAACAACCAACGAGGGAUGACCAACUUCAAGAACCCAAAGAAAUCAAGCCAAUUAGAUUUAUGCAGAAACCUGAAGAUGGUGAGAUAUUGUACACAGAAGCUUUACAAAUCUUUAUUCAAUCUAUUGUCCCUGAAUUAACACAAAUCCUUCAGAAGAAGUUCUCUCAUGGUAUACGUAGUUCAGGUGCACUUAAAAGUGAAACUAAAACUUCUUUAGCUGAAGACUCACAGAUUCCAUCAAAUGAGCUUGAUGUCCAUUCCCUGCUUAAUCCGAAUAUAGAAAUUAAAACUACCGACAUUCCUAACUUUGAGAGUACGAGAAUCGAGGAGUCUGAUGAAGUUAAAGGACAUGAUGAAGUAAUAUCGAUAGACCCGACUGGAAUUCAAAUCAAAAAGUCUCAGGUCGUAGAACAACAAAACAGAGAACAACACCCAUUCGCAGAAGAAGAAUUAAAAGAAGAAGUGAGGAGAAAUGAUGAAGUUGUAGAAGCCGAUGACAGUAUUGUGAAAACGAACGGAUCGUUAGAUCUCGUUACAACCUUCGGUACCACCUACCCUGAGAUCAAACCUUUACAAGAACCAAUGCGGUUCCACGCUGUUCAUGGAGACAAUAUUUGUCUGUCGAAGAACAAUUUCCGGGCUCAACGCAAGAAGAAAUCCAACUUUUUUAGUAAAGGCAUUGCGUUUAGUUCUAGACCAGUCGCCGUUGGUGAAAAGGUAUCCUUUCACUUAAGGCAACUCUCAAGUUAUUGGCUCGGCCUUAUCACCAUUGGCUUUACAACUAACGAUCCGAUGUCUAUAGCUGACAAUCUGCCCACCAAUGUCAUUAGUGAACGAGACUGCGCAGAUGGAUUCUGGGCCGAACACUUGGAUAAAAAAUAUUACCAGGAAAGCUGCAGAUUACAUUUUUACUUGAACUCCUCAGGAAACAUGUGCUUUGGAGUUAAUGGUGUCGAUAAGAUUGAAUUUUUUUGGAAUUUAGAAACGACAACACCAGUUUGGGCGUUGAUAGAUGUUUUUGGAUACUUUACAAUAGUGGAGUUUGAUAUACCGAAAGAAUUGCAUUACACAAGUUUCGUAGCAUCCAGUCUCCUUUCAGGUAGAAAUGAAUCUGACUACUCAAUGAAUCAAUCUUUGGAUGAUAACGAGAAAUAUAAGCCUUGUUUGAAUUACCAAAUUCGUUUUGUGCCUUUUAAUUUAUACACACAAGUUGAAGGCACUUGCAUGAAAUUCUUAGAAGACCGAGGUGUUUGCGUAACUUUAGGUGAUAAAGGCGGGUGCAUUGACGGCAAAUUACCGCUCUUUCCCGGACAGACCAUUGUAGUUCAAAAUUUGUCUGUAGGGAAGGCACUCUUUUAUAUUGGGGUAAAAUACGGUAGUCCAACAACUGAGGUAUCUAGUCAAUUACCGGAACCCGUUAAAAGUAAUUUUGUUAUGCACGUAAAAGACGAACUGGCUAUAACGUUCACAGAAACCGGAGAAAUACGAGUCACAAAGAACUUGGAUGUACCAAAAACAAUUCUCAAAGUGAACCGUUCUCAAGAACUUUGGCCGUUUGUACAAAUAUUGAAAAGAAAUCAAAUGAUCAAGAUGUGGAGUAGCAGUACUCCUUCUCUUGCUGCGUUCCAGACAUAA